AUGGCGCCGCAGGACGCCCUCGUCGUGCGGCAGGAAGCAGAGCCAGAUCACGCCGUCGUCCCCUACACCGGCGAGGAUCUCGCCCGCCCCAAACUCGGCCCCGCGAACCCCUUCAAAGACGAGGCGACGACGCUGAAGCGCAAAAACGUGCUAACUGGCACGGCCGAGGAGACCUACAUUUCGGAACACACCUUCCGCAGCAAACACCGCGCGAUCGAAAGAAAAGGCGGGCCGGAGCGCGAAUACCAGACGGGCGCCUCGGUCAAGGAGCAGAACGCGCGGAUACGCUCGGCGCGCGAGAAGAAGGGCGACGCGACCAUUGUAGAGGGUGACGGCGCCUAUGUUGGCCCCUGGGCUCGGUACAAGCGCGAGGAAUACGAGAUCGUGCGCGAGGGCGAAGAGCUGGCCAGCGACGAGGAGUAUGAAGAAGUGACGGACGAGGACGACGUCGUCGAGAGCGGCACGGUGCUGCGCGCGCCCGAGGCGGCUCUGGCGAGGCGGAAGGAAGUUGAGGAGAUGGGCGAGGAGACGACGACGUUCCACGGCGCCGAGGAGAGGGACUACCAGGGCCGGACAUACAUGCACGUUCCGUUGGACCUCGACGUCGACCUGCGCAAGGAGCCCGGCAGCGUCACCAAUUUCAUCCCCAAGAAGCAGAUCCACACGUGGCGAGACCAUUCAAAGGCCGUCACGGCCCUGCGCUUCUUCCCCGGCUCCGGCCACCUGCUGCUGUCUGCGUCGGCGGACUCGACGGUCAAGAUCUGGGACGUCUACCACAACCGCGAGCUGCUGCGGACGUACUCGGGCCACGCCAAGGCGGUGUCGGACGCGACCUUCAACAACUCCGGCACGCAAUUCCUGUCGGCCAGCUUUGACCGGCAGAUCAAAUUAUGGGAUACCGAGACGGGCACAUGCCUGAGCCGCUUUUCGACGGGCAAGACGCCGCACGUCGUGCGGUUCAACCCGUCGGCGGAGCACGCUCACGAGUUCGUGGCCGGCAUGUCGGACAAGAAGAUCGUGCAGUGGGACACGCGCGCCGGCAACGAGAUUGUCCAAGAAUACGACCACCACCUCGCAGCCAUCAACACAAUCACCUUUGUCGACGAGGGCCGCCGCUUCAUGACAACCUCGGACGACAAGUCGCUCCGAGCGUGGGACUACAACAUCCCGGUCCCCAUCAAAUACAUCGCGGAGCCCUACAUGUACCCGAUGACGCGGGCCGCACCGCACCCGAGCGGGAAAUACGUCGCGUUCCAAUCGUCGGACAACCAAAUUGUCGUGUACGGGGCCAACGACAAGUUCCGACAGAACCGCAAGAAGUCGUACCGGGGCCACAACAACGCCGGCACGGCCAUCGACGUAAGCGUGAGUCCCGACGGGCAGUUCCUGGCCAGCGGCGACACGCAGGGGUUCGUGUGCUUCUGGGACUGGAAGACGUGCAAGAUGUAUCACAAGCUCAAGGCGGGCGACCAGCCCGUCACAUGCGUCGCAUGGCAUCCCCAAGAGACGAGCAAAUUCGUGUCGGCGGGCGCAGAGGGCGACAUCCGGUAUUGGGACUGA